UAAUAUAAGUUGAUUUUUUAAUGUUUUUCAUAAAGAUAUUCGACAUUUGUUUUAUGGUAUAUGUGGGUACAGAGUAAUAGUGUUGCCUUAAAAUUGGUGAGGGUUGUAUGAGGUCAUAAUUAAUAAUAUAAUAUUUAGAUGGUUCUAUGAAUUUAAAUUUUGUAAAAUGUAUAAAUUAGAAUGUUUAUAGUUUAAUUUAGUUAAAUUUUAGAACGAUGAAAACAUUAUGCAUACGACGUGUCUUAACAUUUUAAGAGAUUUUUUUUUUUAGUUUUGACAAGGAAAAAAACUUAUACAAUGACAGAUAUAAUUUAAUUAUUCUGUUAGUACAGUAGAAAUUUCUAAAUGAAACAUCAAAGGAACCCCAUAGCUUGUCGCAUUAACCAAUAGGUUGUACAAAACGAUGCACAAAAACAUAAAAAAUUCAGUUGGUACUUAAGAUUUUGUGUGUAUUACCCGUUAUAAUAUGAUGAUAUUUAUUUAAGUUUAAUUUAUAAUCUGUUAUAAACAUUUAUUUAAAUAUUUAGUGCCAAUGUAAAGGGAAGCUAGGUAUAUAUGAAAAAAAUUUUUAAAUAAAACAAACACUACAUUUUUUAUAGUAUUAUUUUAUUAUUGUGAUUUAGAAUGCAGACUAUAAAUGCUCACCGCUUUUGAUAAUGGUGGUGAAAUGAUGGAUUUGGUGUUCAAGCACUUAAUUAUCCUGUGUUUGAAAUAUUAUCACCGAUGCAAAGUUAGAUUUAAGUACGCUUCCUCUCUCGUUGCUUUUACAUAAUAUUGUGACAUAGAUAUCAAUAAAAUACGGCCCCGUAUUUGUAAUAGCGAUUAAAAAAAAUAGAAAAGAAUAUUAAUAUUGGUCUUAUCCGCAUUAUGUGGAUCAAUAACGCUUUAAACUCAAAAUUCAGCACUUGUACACCAAAGCAUGGUACGCACUUUACAUAUUUAUAUAAUUUUAUGACGAUUACACUUUGAAGGUACGCCGAGAUAAAAUAGUUUACAAACAUAAAAUAUCUCACUGCUGCGGCACCGUGUAUUUAAGUACGUUGAUCCACUCGUCGGUGAUACAUUCCGACGAAAACGGUUCUACCUCCAUCUACAUCUUUGUCUCCGUCUUCGGAGCCGAGUACCGCCGCCCGCCAUAAACUAUAUAAGUUUGGCGACACAUCCGCCAACCCAUCAAUCAUGUGGACAUUCGUCGUGUGUGUUUUGGCUUGUGCGCUACAGGUGUCUGCAGCUACCUCUGUUCAGGAAUCAGAUUCUAAAUAUUGGAUUGAAAAUGGAAAACGAAUGUUGGAAGAAAAGUCGAAAUUACAAUUACGAACAAACAAGGCGAAAAAUGUUAUAAUGUUCCUAGGAGACGGUAUGUCAUUAACCACGUUGACGGCUGCUCGGAUAUAUAAAGGUCAGUUGCAGAACAUAUCAGGCGAAAGUGAACACUUGAGUUUUGAACAGUUUCCGUUCACCGGAAUAUCAAAAACGUAUUGCGUUGACAGUCAAGUGGCUGAUUCAGCGUGUACCGCUACAGCAUAUUUGUGUGGUGUCAAGACCAACAAAGCUACAAUUGGAGUAACAUCUAAAGUACUCUUAGGAGACUGUCCGGCAUCGGUGCCUGAAGAGCACCGCGUGACUUCCAUAAUGCAAUGGGCGCAAUGGGCUGGCAAGGCAACCGGAAUUGUUACCACGACCCGAGUUACUCACGCGUCUCCGGCAGGGGGUUACGCACAAACCGCGCAUCGCGACUGGGAAUCUGAUGAAGAUAUGAUAAAAGAAUCCAGUGGUAAAACCAAUCUCACACAGUGUGAAGACAUAGCUUUACAACUAAUAACAAAAGAACCUGGUAGAAACUUCAAGGUUAUCAUGGGUGGUGGUCGCGACAAUUUUAUGAAGAAGGAGGUGAAUUCUACGGGAAAACGUAAUGACGAAGACUUAGUACUUAAUUGGAAGAAUGACAAGAAAACUCGAUUUGCUGAUAAGGUUGCUAAGUACAUAACGAACAGGGAGGAACUAAUGAAAACGGAUAUGUCUAAAACCGAUUUUGUGUUAGGUCUUUUUCACCGGAGUCACAUGGACUACAGAUUAAAAUCUAAUUUUGUGACGCAGCCCACGUUACAAGAAAUGACCAGAAAUGCUAUUCAGCUGCUCCAGAAAGAACCAAAUGGCUACGUUCUUUUUGUAGAAGGUGGCCUCAUCGACAAAGCUCAUCACGAAACGUGGGCGAGAGUUGCGCUCGAUGAAACAUUAGAAUUUUCCAAAGCCGUGGCGGACGCUGUGGCGUUGACAAGUGAAGAUGACACAUUAAUCGUGGUAACUUCAGACCAUGCGCAUACCAUGUCAAUGGCUGGUUAUCCUAAACGAAACGCUAAUAUUCUUGGUUUAACAAAUGAACUUGCCAUGGAUAAUAUGACGUACACAACUCUGAGCUACGCCAAUGGUCCAAAAAAGUCCUUCACAAAUGAUAGCACAUGCCAUAGGGUCAACGUGACUAGCGAAGAUAUAAAAAAAUUGGACUAUACAUAUCCAAGUCUGGUUGAUUUAUCUAGUGAGACUCACGGAGGAGAUGACGUUAUGGUAUUUGCAAGGGGUCCUAUGUCUCAUUUAUUCACCGGAAACUAUGAGCAAAAUCAAAUUGCUCUUGGUAUGGCAAUGGCUGCUGGUAUUUCCACCAAUCCACCUACAUCUAGUUCUAGCAGUAGUGUUAAUACACCAUUUUUUUUUGCUGGACACACUGUUCUUGCAGUAUUGUUGUUGGGUCUCAUUGGAAUUUCACAGUCUAGUUUAUAAAUCUCAAUAAAAUAAUAUAAUGAUAAGUUAAUUUUUAUUUGUAUGUUAUAAAUUAUAAAUAUUAUUUACAUUAAAUAUAAGUAACAGUUUUAAAUAUAUUUAUUUUUGUUGGUUUUAAAAA